AUGCCAAGUCCUAUGAGAUUUACUCAACUUCUUGGUGAUUUUCCACCACUUUAUGUAUCCAAGUCAAGCUUCUUACAAAGAGAUUCAUUCUGGUUUGAUUGAAACGACGAAGAAGCUGUGCUAUUCCCAAAAAGAUUUCGGGUCAAAUCCGAGUUUAAACUGUUGAUGACAAAAAGUUUAAACUGGCACAUAUAGUUUCAGUUAAUUUGGAUUGUCCAUUAAACUUACCCAAAUUACUCAAAUAGUUUCAGUUAAUUUGGUAAGUUUGAUGCACAAAUCAAAUUUUCAGAAGAAAUAAAUAUCUGAUAAUUCAAACUUUUUGAUAAAAUAUCGGGUAACUCUUGAAAUCCGGUUCGAUAUAAAUUUUUUGGUCAGUUCAGGGUAAUUGUGUUUAGGCCUGUAGGAGUAAAAAUAAUAAAAAGAGGCAUUUAAAGAAAGGGUUAGUGCUGACGUCAUACAUAUUCUCUCGUAACAACGACUAUAUAAAGUUCACAAUCUAUCAUCAUCAUCAUCUCUCUCCUCGCACUCUCUAUUUCUCCAUUUUCUUGCGAAGGAAGCCUCGUCUCUAAACCUACGCACGAUGGUAGAGCCUCAGCCACCAAAGUGGGUUCUUGAAGCUCUGAGGAGAUUCAACGGCAUGGAGGCACGACUGGUUAUCGCCGAUAAAGUGUUGUACGCGAGUGACGUGAAGCAGAGCCAGGCACGUCUUAUGCUUCCUGCGAACAAGGUUCUGAGCAAAGAAGAGUUUCUAAGGGAUGAAGAGAUCAGAGUCUUGGAAGGAGAUGCCAAAGCAACACGUAAAGAAGGGGUUCAAGCUAUCUUUCUUGAUCCGAAUUACAUAACGUAUGGAGUUUGGUUGAAACAAUGGAAGAAGAACUUGGUUCUAUCUGGCUGGAACCCUGUUCUUGCAGGUUACAACGAGUUUGAAGAGGGUGAAAAGUUUGAUCUUUGGUCCUUUAGGCGUGAAGAAAAACUACACUUUGCUCUUGUUCCCAAGGAAGUGGACUGCGGCUACUUGGACGCCUUCAGCGACCUCGAUUUCAAGACUCUCAAUGAUGUUCCAAGUAGCAAUGAUGAGGACUGCUUCGGCUUGGACCUGCUUUUUUCCACCUCAGGAUACGCAAACGUCAACGCUCCUCUUCCGGACUUGGGAUCUUUUGAGGAUACAGAUGUUGUCACUUCCUUUUACGACGAUGCUUGAUUUGCAGUUCGACUUCUCUCCCUAAUGCGCUAGGUACACGUGUGAUAUUGAUACAUUGGUUGGGUUUAGGUGUUAGCUUUUCUUUUCUUGUAGAUAGACCACAUCUGCUGGUGGAAUAUAGGACUGAGAUUCAGAAACAGCCUUUCACUUUCUUUCUGCUUUGUUACUAGUUGAUACUUCUGUAAAUGGAUUAACUCAUUUGUUUGGAGUUGGGGGCUAAAGAAUAUCAAGUCUUUUUAGUUCUAUGAUAUGCUUGUUCGCAGUAUUGCUUUCUCCACUUCUAUCUUCUUUGGCACGUAUACUGCUAUAUUGUUUACAAGUCU